AUGCGAAUCCAGGAGUUUUAUGCAUUCGCUGUUUCAAGGCAUUGCUUAGUGGCUGAGAUCGACCUGGAGGUAGGCCAAGUCGUUGUUCGCUUCAUUCGAAGGGAUUGGCACAACGAGCUCGGGGAUCAGAAGAGAUUGCUGAUUCCACCGCCUUUGGAUGACAACCACAUGGCCAUACACUCUGUAAGGAAUCUCCGGUUCUACAAGUUGACAGAUCUGGCAGCAGAGAACUCGGAGCGGCUGAGUCAAGAAGAGAAUCUGGUUUCUUUUGAAGGCGACAAUCUGAAUGUGGUGGCCAGUGUCUCAGAGCCUACUGACAAUGACAUUGACAGCCGCGGCCGUUCCAUGCCGAGUGCCUGUUGGUCUGCGCUGUCACUUUUGAUGAUUGAAACCAAGCGACGGCAGAGGAGAGACAAGGUCCUACAGAUUGCGGAGGCCUCGUCCAGCGAGAGCCCGAGCCCUCCCCCUCCAAACCCUUUGUCCAAACUGCGCCGGAACUACAGCGAGCCCGCAAAGCUGGAGAACCUGUGGGAUGGAAUCCGCAGACUCGACUCUGAGAUCGAGAGCGUCUUCAGCAGUAUUCGCUCCCAAAGCGAUGAUGACAUUGAAGAGGAGCUGGCAAAAGUCAAUGCAUAUGCGACAGCGGGUCCUUGCCGCCGAGCCUUCCCAGAACGUUUCUUGGCUCUCUUGGUGACCUUGGCAGUGGAAGUGCCGGUGGCCUUAAUCAUCACUGGCGGCUCCAAGGAGCUGAAGUCGCUGGUGGGUUUGGAGCGCUACACUUUGUUGAUGGCCUUCCUCCCACUGACCUCAGCCAUUUCGGGCAACGUCGGACUGCAAGCCUCUUCUUUAACGACACGAGCAAUCUCACAUGGGAGCUGUGCAAAAGCAACAUAUUGCGCUUGGAUGUGUACUGAGAUGAGCACGGCUUGCUUGCUGUCCUUGACAACUGGCUUGGCAGUUGGACUGCUUGCAAUCGUUUGGACCUGGCAAUCCUUCGAGUCGGGGAUUGACGUGGGCUUCUCCCUGACCGUUGCCAUUGCUCAAGCCUUCAGCAUCAUCGUGGCAGGGCUCACCGGGAGUGCCGCACCGCUGGUGUUCUCAUUCCUUUUUCAUGGUGAUGCUGGCAAGUGGGCAGGACCGAUGGAAACAGCCAUCCAAGAUGUGGCUGGAGCCUUUGGGGUGGUCUACAUUGCACAAUUCAUCAUGGUGGCUUGUGUGAAGUAUGGCCUGUCCCCUUCAACCGGCUCAUAA